AUGGAGUUUAGACGUGUAUUCUUACUUAUCCUGGGGCUUUACUUCCUAAUCGACACCGUAAAUUCGAAUCACAUUCACUUUUGGAGAAGAAAUGAACAGUAUGAUAACAAAAUAAUUGCCAAUCAAUUCAACAUAACUGAAGAACCUCUGCAGGCUCAAUCUGUUACAUCUUGUGGAAGACUGUGUUCCAAUCUUCGGAGGUCCCCGGCAUUUUCUUACAUGGAAACUUUUUGCUACAUGUACAAUAGCAAACCGACAGAUAGUGAUAUCUUUACAACCCUGGGAGGAGCUGUAUACUAUUCAGAAGAGCCGAAUGCAAAAUCUAUUAAGGGUGCGGACAAAAUGUACACAUACCUGGAUGGUGUCGAUCUUUGCGUCCAAGUUUACUCUGACUGGAGGAACUCCACGGACGCUGCCGAGAAAUGUCAAUCAGACGGAGGUCAUCUCAUUACGUUAGACACCACUGAAAAACUACAUGCCUUGUCGACAUUUGUUCUCCAAAAGACUUUGUAUCAAAUUGGAUUGGAGAAAACGGAAGGCAACUGGAGAUGGACAAGAGACAACACACUGGUAUUUGACCCAAGUCUUUGGUACACUAAUGAACCCAACGGUCAAAAUUCUUCUCCGCCAGAACUCUGUGGUGGUUUUUGCAAAUGUGGCGGAAAGCCUGGUAUUUUUGACGUCCCCUGCAACACCCCUUACCCCUUUAUAUGUGAAUAUUGAACUUUUGUUCAUUAUCAAUUCUUGUUCAGUAAAGUCACGUUGUAUGAGUAAAAUUUAUCAAUCAUUUUUUUAUGUUGUUUACACAGAUGAAAUUUAAA